GCGGCGGGGGGGGGGGGGGUGGGGAGUGACCGUGCGCUCCCCACCCCGUCUCUGAAAGCCGCGCCCGCGCAGUUCCGAAAAAGCCCGCAGAGACAGCGCCUGCGCGGUCGUGGCCGAGGAAGCUGUGGCGGUAGCGGCGAUGGAACCAGCUGAGCCGCUGAACGAGUUAGUGUCAGCCGAGGGCCGAAACCGGAAGGCGGUGCUGUGCCAACGCUGUGGCUCCCGAGUGCUGCAGCCAGGGACCGCUCUCUUCUCCCGCCGACAGCUUUUCCUUCCCUCCAUGAGAAAGAAACCAGCUCUGGCUGAUGGCAGCGAUCCUGACGGCGAGCUUCUCCAGGAGCACUGGCUGGUCGAUGACAUGUUCAUCUUUGAGAACGUGGGCUUCACCAAGGACGUGGGCAACAUCAAGUUUCUGGUGUGCGCAGACUGUGAAAUCGGACCAAUUGGCUGGCAUUGCCUAGAUGACAAGAACAGUUUCUAUGUGGCCUUGGAACGGGUUUCCCAUGAGUAACUGAGGGGAGGGGGACUCAGCUCCACCCCCAGCUCUAAAGGCUCCUCCCCUCAAGAACUGGCAUUUAACCUGAUGUAAUCGCCCCGCUGCCGCCUUCUCGGUACUAAUGUAAAUUAUGAGUAUCAACAUGUCCGGUUGAACAGA